UAGGAAGGAAAGAAGAGAGUCCAGGGACUGACGUGCCACAUAAAUAUCUCUGGUCACCAUGCUACAAAAACAAGAGAGGCAGCGGUGGCAGUUCUGGGUCAAACGUGUCACUGUGGGUUGCCUCCUCAUCAGUGUCCCUCUGUUCUACGCUCUUUCAACAAUACAGAUCAACUUCGACACUACAGAGCUCCCAGUGCCUCUCUCCUGUGCUCCACGACCAGGCCAGAGCAGCAGCAGCAGCAGGCAGUACACAAACAGCUCACAGAAAGACAAUAACGUCUGUGCUCCUAAAGUAGAUAUCAUGUUUAUGAAGACCCAUAAAACCGCCAGCAGCACCUUCAUCAACAUCUUGUUACGCUUUGGAGAGAAGCUCAAUCUCAAAUUUGCCUUCCCAAAGAGCCGAAACGAUUUCUUCUACCCAUCAUCUUUUCAGCGCACGUAUGUUGAUGCCUACAAAUCUGGAACGUGUUUUAACAUCAUGUGUAACCAUAUGCGAUUCAAUGCACCCGAGGUGGCAAAAGUGCUGCCUCGUGACACUUUCUACAUAACGAUCCUGAGAGAUCCUGCAGAGCUCUUUGAGUCCUCCUUUCAUUACUUUGGUCACGUUGUUCCUCUGACCUGGUGGAUAACAGGGGAGGAUAAGAUGGCCGAGUUCCUGCGUGAUCCUAAACAUUACUUCAGCCCGGAUGGAUUUAAUUCCUUCUACCUGAAGAACCUGCUGUUCUUUGACCUUGGGCAGGACAACACGCUGGAUGCAGAUGACCCACAUGUAGAGAAGAGAAUAAGGGUCAUCGCUGAACGUUUUGACUUAGUCAUGCUGAUGGAGCACUUUGAGGAAUCCCUCAUCCUGUUCAAAGAUUCUGUCUGUUGGCAGAUGGACGACAUACUCUUCUUCAAGCUCAACUCCCGUAUGAAAUCCACCAUACCUAAACUAACUCCUGAGCUCAGGGCAAAGGCCCUGCAGUGGAACAGCAUAGACUGGAAGCUAUAUAAACAUUUUAACCUGACCUUUUGGAAGAAGGUUGAGGCUUAUGGUAGAAAGCAUAUGGAAGACGACGUUGCAGAGCUCAGGAGGAGGAAUGCAGAACUGGUGAAGCUCUGCAUUGAAGGAGGCCACUCUGUGGAGGCUGCAAGUAUUCAUGAUGCUGCCAUGCAGCCGUGGCAGCCCAUCGGAGAGAAGUCUAUUGAAGGAUACAAUUUGAACAAAAAUGUAAAUAAAGCCAAUGAGGAGAUGUGCCGAAAGAUGUUAAUCCCGGAAUUGCAAUAUCUUACAGACUUGGGGGUAAACCUAUGGCUCACUAAGCUGUGGGGACGUGUAAGGAAAAUCAUAAACUGGUGAUGAGAUUCAAGACAGAUACCGAUAGAGCGGAUUUCCCUUCUUUUUUUUUUUUUCUUUUUUUUACUUUUUUUACACUACCAGAACUAACUUUAUACAUAAGAAUUCGAAUUUCAUCCUUUGCUGUUCAAUUUGUCUAUGGUUUCACAUCUAGAUGAAUGUACUUUUGUAAUGUUAUCAUCAAAUUAUUUACACUGCUUAAUUAAACAAGACUUACAGAAUUUCAAUUACAAGUAUAUACAGUAUCUGCUUUAUUAGACCAACAACACACAAAGGGACAUUUGAAAAUGACUAUGAAAAAACUAUAUUGUUUGGUGUACCCCUCAAAUUUUAUAAACUUUAUUUACUGAGUAAAUUAUUUGUGAGAUUUGAACGUAUUUAAAAUAUUCACAAGCCCCAUGGCUCACUAUACAGAAGAUGAACAUUUGUUCUGUGUACGACAUAAAUAUACAUUUAUAAAUAUAUAUUUAUGUCAUACAAUAAAUAUAUCAGAUGUGUGUUCAUAUAUGAAUAUGUUCUUAACUUUCUCACUACCAUUAUUGUUUAUCAACUUGAACACUUUCAAUAUAUACAUUUCUGUGUGUGUGUGUGUGUGUGU